AUGAAGUACCUUACGAAAAUAGUUAGUAAUGCCUGUCUGGCAAUAAUAAAUUGCGGACUAUGUUUAUCUCUAACAAGUUUAUCAAGAAAGAUGUUGAUAAAAGGUUAUGACAUAUGUCCAGAAGAAUAUAGAGGUUGUGAAAAAGAAAAAUGGUAUUUUACUACUUUUUAUUUUACAUUAUAUAUGAGUGCCUUUUUAGGAUGUUUUAUUUCACUUUUUUUCAGAAAUGUUAGUAGAAAAAAAUUUAUGGAAGUAAUACAUUAUUUAUAUAUAAUUGGAAGUUUAUUUACAAUAUAUUAUGAACCGCAUGUGAUAUUAUUUUUAUUUUCCCAAGCAUUUUUUGGAUUAGCAAUUGGUUGUUCAAUAGUUAUAGUUAGUUUUUAUAUUUUUGAAUAUUCCCCAAAAGACCAUCAGAAUUAUUAUGGAUUUACAAUACAAACAUUUUUUUCACUUGGAUUAUUAAUAAGUUAUAUAUUUGGAGUUAUUUAUGAACGAGUAUAUUUCACAAAAGGGUCAUCAUCAUUUUGGAUCUUAAUGAUAUUACAAAAAUUACACAUGCUUAUGCCUCUUAUUUUAAGUAUAAUAUCCAUUUUAUUAUUGAGAUAUGUUUUUACUAUGGACACACCAUUACAUUUAUAUAAAUCACAAAAGUAUGAUAAGUUUGAAGAAAUAAAAAAAAAAAUUAGUAAAAAGGAAUUAGACGAAAAACAUGAAUAUCAUGAAAAUGAAAAAAAUAAUGAAAUUAAUAUUAUAUUAAAUGAUUUAACUCUUAUUGAUAUUUAUAAUGAUAAAAGAUUAAGAAGAAAAUGUAUGAUAGGAUCUAUUUUAUGUUAUUUAUUUUGUUUUAGUGGUUGUAUUAUAUUUUUUAAUAAUUUAUUUUUAUAUUAUAAUGUAUUUAAAACAAAAAAAGAGAGUGCAACAAUUAGUAUGAUAUUUAUGUUUAUAUAUUUUUUAUUUACUUUAAUUACUAGAAGCUUAUCACGUUAUUACAAUAAAAAUAGACUAAUAAUUGGUGGCUUUAUUUUUCAAUCUAUUUCAUUAUUUAUUAUAAUGAUAUGUUCAUUUUGUAAUUUACCAGAAGUCAUAAAUAAACUUAUAAUAUCGAUUUCUAUUAUUGCAUUUGUUAGUGGAUUUUCUUUAGGAUUUGGACAUAUUAUAUGGACACACAUUUUCCAUAUCUUUUCAAAAGAAUAUAAAGUUGUUGGAGCUUUUUGCUCAUAUUAUGCAAUUUUUAUUGGAUCCUUUAUUAUGUGUACAUUUUUAGAAUUUUCAAAUCCAAACAAGCAUUCCUAUUUAUUUAUUAUAUUCAUUAUAUUUACAAUUAUAUCAAUCAUAUUUUUCAAAUCGAUAUAUAUUGAUAGUCAUGAAAAUAACACAAAACGGGAUAAAACCAUCGAAUCACCUGACCCCCUUAACAUUUCAGAUACAAUAGAACCCGCCAAUGUAAAAGAAGAAACAGAAGUAUAA